AUGACCCACUUCCUUAUGGUAAUGGGAAUAAUUAAAUUGUUAAACCCUGUACCUCAACUCGAGCUAUCUACCAGAAUGUCAUCGUCUUCGAUGUCCUCUCACCUCAAUAAUGAUAACAUGCCCCCAGCUCCCAUAAUCAUUUCAACCAUGGAAAAUGCGGGGCGGAAACGAGAGUUGCAAACAUAUAUGAUGUCGCUUGAUGGAAUCGACAUGGAAGACGACGAGCAGGAUAUGCUGUUCGCCAAGUACAGCGUUGACACGGUGUAUCUAAGCUACUUGGCAGCGCGGAACCGAGUCCGCCAAUACACUCAACUUUUGGCACUCCUCAAGCGCAAAGAAGACGCAUGGCUACAAAGAGUUGAGAAGGCCAAAUAUGCGGUGCCGGGUUACAAGCCUGAGCCUGAGGGGGCGAACAUCUCAGUCGUCUUGCCAGUCAAGCCUGAGGGUGUUGGUCGCAAAUCUGGCAUGAGAAUUUCGACUCUUGGCAGCUGCUGUCACGGUAGUAAAGUUACAGGCUCAGUAUUACUCGUCGAAUUCAUCAACUAUGCGCCUCUCAGACAUGCCUUUGAGAGGCUGAAUUUAGAGACGUUGAUCUGGAGUGCCUUGGUAUACGAAUGUUCGAACUCUCGUUGGCCGCAAGUGCUGCAGGGAAUGAACAAUGAGGAAAAGACACUGGCACGCACCAAGACUGAUGGAACCCAUAUGAGGGUCUCUCAGAGCACUGGAAUCAUGGUGAUUGAGAUCCGUAUGCACCAGAAUUUGAAGGAGAACUGGAUACUACUGAGAGCCCACUCGUCAAACUCGGGAGGAGCGUCUACAGCAGUUGCACUAUACUUGCCACCAAAUCUCAGAAUUGCCACACCCUACCGCGUCACGGUCACUACCGCACCUGGCAUGAAGUACUAUGAUAUUCACUGUGAUACUACUAUAAUUCUUACACGAAAACAUGUACUAUGCCUGAGUACGCUGGAUGCGGCAGUGACUCGGACUCUGAAUCCGAUGCGGCCAAAUCCCGGGGCCCAACUUGAAGGCCCUAAAGUUACUACUAGUACCGUCACGCUCAUCAACUUGAACUUCGUCUUAGUCACCAGCCUGAGUUACCGUGACUCAGGCUACUACUAG